AAGUAUCUUGAACAGGAAUCUCUCUCUCUCUCUCUCUCUCUCUCUCUCUUUGGGUGUGUGUGCGCGUGUGUGCGCGCGUGUGUGUGUGUGUGUGUGUGUGUGUGAGGAAUACCCAGCUGGUCCCACAAGUCCUAUAAUACCAAGCACAACAUGCUUUACCUUCAAUGAAAGCUGAGACGGGGGGAACGGUUGGCUGCUGGUCCUGAAAUCAACUCAGAGCUCGGACACAAAACCAAGAGCGUCGCUGUUUUAGCGGCUUAGUUCUGCCGCAUCUGUUCCGUUACACCUUCUGCAGUGCGCCGGAACUUUAAUCAUUUACUGACUGUAACACGUUGAGACCUGCAACUUUCCAAAAGACAACUUGGAUCACUGUUGUUUUUUUUUCUUGCCCACCUUCCUCUCUUGCUGUGGCUGGUGUCAAAAGGUGAUGUAUCACUUUCUAAGAGGGGACCCCUUAGGUGAUGAUAUGUCUUUUUGGAGAUAGAUGCCACUUUUGGAAACGUGCUAGGUUUUCCUACAACUGUGACUUUUUUCUGCUGUUACCUUCACUUUUGGCUCGAGCAUGGCUCUCCACUCUCGGUUUGUGGUCGUGCUGCUGUACGGAUGGAGUUAUCUGUGCGUUGGAUACUGCGCGAUGCUGAAAACGGACAGUUUCCCCGUCAGUCGGAAGGUGGAUUUUACGCGUUCGGAGGAUGAUAAGCAGGCCGCGAAAGACGACCGGGAUCUGCUAUUACAGGAUACAAUGACGGAACACAUGCAGAUGCUUUACGCGAAGUACAACCGGGCUGGGUUUCCCUUCAAGGACGGCAACACUGUCCGCAGCUUCAAAGCGCACUGGGGUACGAUAAACAAGAAGCAGCUGCAGAUUUUCAACCUCACCUCCCUCACCAAGUCGGAGGACGUUCUGUCCGCCACUCUUCAUUAUUACAUCGGAGACCUUCACAACAGCACCACUGGCUGCUCCCGGUCCAAAAGCUGUGCUCGCCACGGCCCCCGGAGGCACAACCACAUCCACAUGGUCAUCUGGAGCUUCGCCUCUGUGGAUAACAAGAUAAGGACUCUCGGACACUUUCGGAUCAACGUGUCCACCCUCUACAGGGACUUCAUAUCUUGGCAGUGGAAGGACGUAACCCGCGUGGUCGACCAGGCCAAACAGCACGGCGAGCUGCUCAUUGGGAUCGACGUGGCUUCACAAGGGCCCCAGCCGUGGAAGAAGCUCCUGUCCGACCGCUCGCCCUACAUCCUGGUCUACGCCAACGACUCGGCCAUUUCAGAACCGGAGAGCGUGGUAGCCACCCUCCAGAGGCACCACCCGGUGGGAGGGGAGGCCUCCGUCUCGCACGGCUUCCAAAAACUGGGACUGCGUGAGCGAAACGACACGGAACAAGAGCAGCAGCCGUCGCCCAGAGGCAAGCGCUCGGUGAACGUCCUGCUCCCGCUGCAAAACAACGAACUCCCCGGGCCUGAGUAUCCGUACGAGACGCCCGGGUGGGACGAGGCGAGCCCGUACGAGCCUUUCGAAAACAAGCAGGCCCGUCGGCCACGCAAAAAAAUGCGCAAGAAUCAGCGGCACAAGAUGCCUCUGCUGCAGUUCGACGAGCAGACGAUUAAAAAGGCGCGAAAGAAGCAGUGGAACGAGCCCAGGAACUGCGCUCGGAGAUACCUGAAAGUGGACUUUGCCGACAUCGGAUGGAGUGAAUGGAUUAUAUCACCCAAGUCGUUCGAUGCCUACUACUGCUCAGGGUCCUGCCAGUUCCCCAUGCCAAAGGCUCUGAAGCCCUCUAACCACGCCACCAUCCAGAGCAUAGUGCGGGCGGUGGGCGUCGUCCCCGGCAUCCCCGAGCCGUGCUGCGUCCCGGAGAAGAUGUCUUCCCUCAGCAUCCUCUUCUUCGACGAGGACAAGAACGUGGUGCUGAAAGUCUACCCCAACAUGACUGUAGAUUCAUGCGCCUGUAGAUAGUUUUUUAUUUUAUUGUUUAUGUCAUUGAAUGCCUGUUCACAUAAAACUCACAGAAAAGAAAAAAAAUAUAUAUCGACACACUUGCAGCCCCAAACGACACCCUCUCCUCCCGAUCCUCGGACACUCAUUCACUUACAAACACCCGUUUGGACACAACUUCCCCUUCGCACUGUAGGAGAGCUACUGCCUGUUGUUCCAGGUGAAGAGGAGGCUUGUCUGUUUGUGGGAAGGAAAGGAGUCGCGUGAGUUAUCCUCCCGUAGAGGAAACACUCCACGCUCCGACUUCACCAACGACACCGCGGUUUUAUCGUCAUGUCUCCGCUGCUCGGUUAUCCGUUGGGCGACUGAAUCGUAAACUCGCUAUCACGAUAUACAAACACCGAUCGAGGCGUAAGAGAGAAGAGAACUGAAGGAAUGUUUGAACUAACGCCUCGUCUUUCUCUCCUUCACAGCUUUGAAGUUGUCCUUUGGUCGUCGCCGCCAAGUCACCUAUGCUCGCACUUGCAUGGUUUUUUGUUACUAUUUGUAUGUAUUUAUGUCUGUACUAUCACUGUGUUAUUCACUAUAUGAGAAGUUAUUGUAUAAUUAUUGGCUUGGCUGCUAUAGAGAGAUAUAUUAGAUUCCAAAGCCAGACAUUGUGACGGUACAGUAGACAGCCGUACGUAUUUGUGUUUUACAUCACUGCUCCAUUGUUGUACAGAACCCACAUUUUAAGAGUUUAUUAUAUGCGGAGUUUUUGGAGGAGACCCAUUACACCAUUUAUUUUACGCCAAGAAAAUGUUCGACAAGCAAACUUCAGAUGUGAUUUUGAAAGAUAAAGGGAUGCGGCGUAUCAAAAGGAGAAAGUACGACAUGGAACAAGGGCUGUCACUGUGUGUUUAAUACAAGUGUUAAACCACAGCCAUCUAAAAUUCAUUUCAUGCGUGUGUAUAUUUAAAAAAAUCCUGAUGAGCUCAGAAAGAAAUCGAAUAAGUCGUGGGACUUGGCGGGCAUAGAGGAUUAAUACUCAUGGUUCCAAUGAGCCUGAUAUCAGGCUGAAACUAUUUGUUUUUGGCAUUGUUGAAGUUCAGAACAUGUUGCCGUGACUUCCUGUUUAAAUAUAUGAAUUUACAGCAUAGAAUGACUUUUAUGAAGAAAACUGCUUCUAGAAAUGUGUUUUCAUCAACUAAGAUAACAAAAUAGGUUGAAAAUAGCUAAUGUACAGAUCACAGAAAAGAACCUGUGAUCUGUAGUUUAAAGUAGACUUUGUCCUCGUCGGCUCUUAAAGUGUUUCUUCUAAUAAGAGCAAACUAAAAUGAGCCGUGUGUUAUGCGCCAGAGUUCGUCAACAUGAUUAAGAAUGCCUCUGGGAUUUUAAUACCCAGUUUUCACUCAGAUUUUCUCAUCAGAUUCCGAUAAAAAAAAAAGUUGAGCAAUACAUGUAAUAUAAUAAAUGAUCUGGGAGAGCUGAUCUGUUUUCUACAUAAAUCAUGACGGCUAUUCGAUCACGUCAGGUCAACAUCGAACAACCAGGAUGAGCAGUGAACACGUCGUAAUGUUGCCUUGAGUUGUGCGUUGAUGUCAGUUCAUAAAACCAAAUAUUUAUUCAGAGCAAAUAGUCUGAAAUAUAGCAGCAAACCUGUUUUUUCCAUAGACUUGUAUAUUGUUUUUGUACAUAGCUCACUAUAUGUUGAUGACGGUGUGAUGUCUCUUUGAGAUAGAAGUGCCUCUUGAAUGGGUGUAUUUCUGAUUUCCAAACAGUCUGACUUGAUUCGUCGCCUGUUCGGAGAACUGAACUCAGUUUGCAAUGAAGUUGAAGUCAAAGCAAGCAGCUGGAAAAACGUUUCCACAAUGAGAGAACAUAGUGCAGAUUCUUUUGAUACGCAUGAUCGCCAGUGGAAUUUACUCUCAAAGUAUUUUGAUAUCUCAGAGACAUUUAUUUUGUGUCAAUAGCGAAGGGCAGAUUUUUUAACUUUAUAUAUUUUGUACUGACACUUUUUUUUCCAGUCUGUGCUUCCCCAUCUUGUGCCAAUACAGGUUCUAUCAGCGUGUGCUGUAGAAUGAAGCGGCGUCCUCUGGUUGUGCCAGUACAACAGUGCAGACGACAACGACUGACGAGUCGUUUUUGUGGCCUUUUUUUCUUCUUUUGGUGCGAUUGAGACUCAAACCCGUUUCCAAACUUCACCGGUGUCUUUCGGAGAGAUCAGAGACAUUCAUACACAGUACAGUAUAUCAGCAGUUUACUGUUCAAUCCUAUCCUGUACAUGUUAGGCUGUAGGUAAAAAAAAACACACAACAGAAAAUGCUUGUACAAUAAGCUUCAUAAAAUAUAUUUGUAUAUGGAAAUGACCCUUUAACAUGCAUCUAUUUAUUUUUCUGUAUGUUGCAUAUCUUGUACAGGUGUGGUCUGGUGAAAGGGGGACCAGAGCUCUGACAUGUGGAAGGUCUUUAUAUCUGUGGUGGACAUUUGUUUAAAGGUCCCUCCCCCCUCUGUGCUCUGACCAUCCUUACAAAGCAUUCAAAGAAAUGAAUAAAAGUAUGCAAGACUC